AGCUAUUACAUGUGAAUGUGAGGUGAGCUUGAUAAGCAAUAAGCAACCACUCCCUCGUAUCUCACAGUAGUUGAAAAGCAAGGUACAUGGGUUGGGUGAAGGGGUUCGUGGGGCACAGAUGGGUGGUGUUUGUGUGCGCGAUGUGGGACAUGUCGUUUGCGGGGACAUCUUACAUGUUCGGGAGCAUAUCGCCGGUGAUAAAGAGCAGCAUGGGUUUCAACCAGAAGCAGGUGGCGUUCUUGAGCGUGGCUAAGGAUUUGGGUGACAACGUUGGUCUUCUUGCUGGAAAAAUCAGCCAGGCUUCCCCUGUUUGGGGGCUUAUACUUGUCGGGGUCGUCCAGAAUGUUGUUGGCUAUGGCCUUGUUUGGCUCGUCGUCACUCACCAGUUCCCCGCUUUGCCUUUGUGGUUGCUAUGCAUUGUAAUCUUUGUGGGACAAAACGGGUCAACAUAUUACAACACAGCAGCACUAGUUUCUUGCGUGCAAAGUUUCCCCGAGAGCAGAGGCCCCGUGGUGGGAAUAUUGAAGGGCUUCGUUGGCCUUAGCGGUGCAAUUUGGACUCAGCUAAUAGCCAUGAUCCAACUCCCUGACCAAGCCUCUCUCAUUUUCAUCAUAGCAGUUGGACCUGCAAUGGUUUCAUUAACCUUCAUGUUCAUCAUAAGACCAGUUGAGAGUUAUCGACAAUCAAGAUCCUCCGAUGGGACUGGUUUCACGUUUAUCUACAGCAUUUGCCUUCUCUUGGCUGCUUACUUGAUGGGAGUUUUGUUGCUAGAAAACAUGUUUGAUUUGGACCAAAGCACCAUCACAUUGUUUGCAGUUAUUUUGAUCAUUCUCAUAUUUCUUCCUAUCAUAGUUCCCAUUCUCUUGGUUUUCUUCUCUGGACCCCAAAGUGCUGACCAAGAAGCCCUCUUGGAGCCACCAAUGCUAGAAGCAACUAAGCCUAAGCACUUUGUUGGGGAGAGUAGUACUAGCACUACCAAAGUAACCAAGCACUUCGAAAACGAGAAGAAUCCUUCGAAGCUAGAGGUGCUGCCUCUGUCAGAAGGGCCAAGGGAUGUUUUUCAGUUUCAAGCUAGACUUUGGCAAGCUGUUACCAAAGCUGUGAAGAAGAUCAAGCGAAAAAAUGGGCCCCAUAGAGGAGAGGAUUUCACCUUGUCACAAGCAAUGGCCAAGGCUGAUUUUUGGGUCAUGUUCUUCUCUCUUGUCAUGGGCUGUGGAUCGGGCUUGACAAUCAUAAAUAACAUGGGUCAGAUUUGCCAAUCAUUGGGAGACAACAAUGUCAAUGUUUAUGUCUCAGUUAUCAGCAUAUCCAACUUCCUUGGUCGUGUUGGUGGUGGCUACUUCUCGGAGGUCAUAGUAAGGAAUUUUGGGUACCCAAGACUUGCUGCAUUGGCAGUGAUUCAAGCAGGGAUGUCUUUGGGACUUUGCUACUAUGUCUUGGGUUUGGUUGGACAAGUUUACGUGGUGGCCAUAUCCAACGGUUUUGGCUAUGGUGCCCACUGGUCAAUUGCUUUAGCAGCAGCUUCAGAGCUAUUUGGCUUAAAGAACUUUGGAACUCUCUACAAUUUUCUCACUAUGGCUAGCCCAGCAGGGUCUCUCUUUCUAUCUGGAUUUGUAGCAAGCACAAUAUACGACUAUUACGCGGAGCAGCAAGCAAAGCACCAAAUGCUCACUGGAAAUAACAAUGACUUGCUUCUUUGCGAGGGAAACAUUUGCUUCUCCAUAACAUUUGGAAUUUUAGCAGUAGUUUGCUUAUGUGCAGCUUCUUUGAGCUUGAUUGUUGCUCACAGAACAAGGAAGUUCUAUGCACAGCUUUAUGGAGAGUCUCGAACUUAAAGGGGAGCAAGCAUAGGAAAACUUACAUCAGUUACAUGUUCCAGUUAUUAAGGAAAUCAAUGGAGACUGGAGAGUCUCACUACGGUUUGAAUAUUGUGUUGAAUUGUUGUGUGCAUAUACUCUGCCUCUCUUGUCUCUCUUUUGGGCUCUUCAGAUUAAUAUUUGUUAGAGAAAUGCUAGUAGUAAAAAAAUUUAAUACUUUUCUUCAUAUACUCCUUUUUUGUCAGGUGAAAUUCAUGUGUAUUCUAUUAGAUAUAUGUUAGUUUUCAUUCUUAUUUCAUAGGUCCUAUUUACAAAUUAGUAAGAAUCACAUGAAUUUUAACUAAUAAAAGAGGGUAUCAGAAAGACAGUGCUAGAAAAUUUGUUGCUAGCACUUCUCUGUUUGUAAUAUUUUUUUCAUACCCCGUUCCCAUGUUGAUUUUACAUGCUUGGGAAUUAUGUAAUAGAAUAAUAGAACCGCUUGCUAGGGGGAAGGAAGACUUGUUAUGAAACCAGUUUCCUAUCGUAUGUUAUGUGUGUUCCCGUAUAUCUAAGGGCAUUUGUUGCUUUGAUCAGCUAGAUAUUCAGCUGUUGUUCAAUAAGAAUCAUCAUAUUAGUGUAAUGUUAAAUCUACAUUCAAAUUUUUAUGUUUA